UGUUAAUACACAAACAUGCUUUAUUUGUGCAACGGAUGAGCAAAUUAGGGCAAAAUUACUUGAAAAACACUCCCAUCCUCCUAUUCGAGGCUACACACAGAGAGAAAAAUAAGGAGUGAGCGAGAAAGAUGGGGUGGAUCGGGGAGCAAAUCGAUUCGGUGAAAUCUAUGCAGUUCAGGCAGCUCCUCACGCAAGCAGUUAGCCUUGGUAUGAUUGUUACAUCAGCAUUAAUAAUAUGGAAAGGGCUGAUGUGCAUAACUGGAAGUGAAUCACCUGUUGUUGUUGUGCUUUCUGGAAGUAUGGAACCUGGUUUCAAAAGAGGUGAUAUUCUGUUUCUCCAUAUGAGUAAGGAACCAAUUCGUGCUGGAGAAAUCGUGGUGUUCAAUGUUGAUGGACGUGAAAUUCCAAUAGUACAUCGAGUUAUUAAGGUUCAUGAACGUGAAGGUAGUGGAGAAGUUGAUGUCCUCACAAAAGGAGACAACAAUUUUGGAGAUGAUAGGCUUCUGUAUGCUGAAGGCCAGAUGUGGUUGCAAAGACAUCAUAUUAUGGGGAGAGCUGUUGGGUUUUUGCCUUAUGUGGGUUGGGUGACAAUUAUAAUGACAGAACAGCCCAUCAUCAAGUAUAUUCUAAUAGAUGGAGAGAGUGAUCUCUUUCCUGAUGAUCUGAAUCCGAGGAACGGAAUCCUCCUCAAAUUGGAAAUCUGUGUAUUUCUGAUGGAUUUCAUGGAUUCUUCCACCACCUCCACCACAACUAUUCCACGCCCACCGCCACCGCCAGCGCCAGCGGCAUCGUCUGAAUCAUCCCUUCUUCUAUCCGACUCCACUCUCCAAAAUGCUUCCUCACAGGAAGAUCAUUAUGUAGCAUCCAUAACAGAAGAACAUGAAGUAACCUGCUGGGGAUGUGGAUUAUGCCUUAUUCUUUCACCCUAUACUCCCAUUUUCAAGUGUGGUUGGUGUGGAGCCAUAUCCGAUCACAAAGCAAUCAAAAAGGACAACAAGUACAUUUGGUGGAUACGUUUGAGAGACAGAUGUCUUCUCUGUGUUCUCAUACUAUUCAUGUUCUUCAUUAUAGGUGGUGGUAUCUGGGCUAUAUAUCCUGUAAUCUUCUCUAAAAGUUACCUUUUUGGCAUACUCCAUAUGACUCUAGCAGUUCUUUUAUCAAUCACCACAAUUACCACUUUUGCCCUUUCUGCAUUCCGGUCUCCUGGUACACCCCCUCUCAUCCCCUGGGGUAGCUACCCUGCAGUUGGAAAAAAUGGUCUUGCAGGUUACACCUUUUGUAAAUACUGUUCAAAGCCAAAAUCCCCUAAUUCUCACCAUUGUCGAUCUUGUGGCAUGUGUGUGUUAGACAUGGAUCAUCAUUGUCCCUUUAUUGGGAAUUGUGUGGGAGCUGGAAAUCACCGUGUGUUCAUCUAUUUCUUGAUCUCAUCAGUGAUAAGUAGUUUCUAUGUCUCUCUGAUAUCUUCAUUCACUGCUUUUUGUAUAUUGCCACCAGGGAGACACAUACCUAUGGCUGCUUUGAGUGGGCCCGGUGACUACAUGUUGAUUGUCACAUGGGUUAAGGAAGUUGGGUUUUCGUUUUAUGAGUCUGUGGAGUCGUUAUCAGUGAGGGGUAUUGUUGUCAUUUAUCUUUGUGUUGCAAGUGUUGCAGUGGAAAUAGGGUUGAGUGUGCUUUUGUGGCAGCAGUUGUCUUACAUUUAUCAAGGGAAAACGUAUUUAAGUCUUUUGAGUUCUCGUGGGACAAAUCGAACGAGUAAAAAAGAUUGUCAGAAUUUUGUGAGGUUCUUUGGGUGCCCCUAUUCAGCGACUAGAUGUCUGUUAGGUUCUUGGAAUUCUAGAAAGAUUCACAAGAAGUGAUCACUUGAUAUGAUGUAAAAGUACAAAAGUUUUUGACUGAUGAAAGAGAUGAGUUAUUCAUGCUAGAACGACUCAUGCAUUUAAUAAUCUAUAUAUACAUUG